UCUGUCAGAACGCAGUUGCUGUCGAGUGUCGCACGCGCGCACGCGUUUUCAUAGCGAGCCCCUUUCGCAAAGUAUAGAGGUCGUACACAGACUGUGUGUUUAAUCUUCGCUCGGGUGGAAGUGGAUGAUGACGAUGAUGAAUUGUUGGAGGACUUUCGGGCGGAUUAACGUCGGAACAGUGAAAUCUUUUGCGCAAAACCGUGUUGCGAGUUUGUGCUGCGGUAGCGCGCGCCGAGUUUGGCGACAGAGGCGCUGUUUCACUAACGACUCUCAGCUUUAUCUCAGCAGAGCAACUACUGAAAACACUGAUCACACCUUACCAGAGGGAGGUAGGGAAGGUAAAAGUCUCUUCUCAGGACUGGAGGAUUUGCUGUUCCAAACCAUAACUAAUGGGCAGGAAAGGAUUCCCAUUUCUCAUUUCAUCAGUGCUGUUAAAAGCACAGGUCUGCUGACCUCUGACCCCCGACUGAGGGACUGUAUGGACAAACUGCGGCAAGCUGUUCAAGAAUCCAAGGGUGAUGUCAUGAUGGACUACAAACUCUUUCAAAGAUGUGUAGGUGGGAACAUCGUUCUGCUCUCCCAAGCUUUCAGAAAGAAAUUUAUCAUUCCAGAAUUUGAAGAAUUUGUUGAUGUCAUAAAUCAGAUCUAUAACAGAGCAAAACAGCAGCAUGAAGGUCAAGUAGCAGACUACAUUCCACACCUUGCCAAGUUCAGUCCCAGCCUUUGGGGCAUUUCACUGUGUACAGUAGAUGGUCAGAGGCACUCAAAAGGAGACACCAAGAUGCCAUUUUGCCUGCAGUCAUGUGUAAAGCCGCUGGAAUAUGCCAUUGCUUUACAUGAGCAUGGAACUGAACAUGUGCACCAUUUUGUAGGGAAAGAGCCCAGUGGGCUAAAGUUCAACAUGCUCUCCCUUGAUGACGAAGAUAAACCUCACAAUCCAAUGGUGAAUGCAGGAGCAAUUGUCAUCAGCUCUCUUAUUAAGCCUGGGGCCAACAAAGCUGAGAAAUUUGACUUUGUGAUGGACUUUGUAAAGAAAAUGGCAGGCAAAGAAUAUGUAGGCUUCAGUAAUGCCACGUUUCAGUCCGAAAAGGAGACAGGAGACCGAAAUUUUGCAAUAGGCUACUACCUGAAAGAAAAAAAGUGUUUUCCGCCUGGGGCAGAUAUGAUCGAUGCUCUAGACUUCUACUUCCAGCUCUGCUCUAUUGAGGUGACAUGUGAGUCAGGCAGUGUGAUGGCGGCCACUUUAGCAAACGGAGGAAUCUGUCCUAUCACAGGCGAACGAGUACUGAGUUCUGCGGCGGUGAGGAACACGCUCAGCCUCAUGCACUCAUGCGGCAUGUAUGACUACUCUGGCCACUUCGCAUUUCAUGUUGGAUUGCCUGCUAAGUCAGGGGUGUCAGGGGCUGUGCUGUUAGUGGUCCCUAAUGUAAUGGGCAUCAUGUGCUGGUCACCACCUUUGGACAAACUGGGGAACAGCGUGAGAGGCAUUCACUUCUGUGAGGAACUGGUGUCCCUCUUCAACUUCCAUAAUUACGACAAUCUAAGACACUUUGUUAAGAAACAGGAUCCUCGGCGACAGUCUGGUGAUGAAAGAAACAAGUCUGUGGUGAACCUGAUGUUUGCAGCUCAUAGUGGAGAUGUUUCAGCCCUCAGGAGGUUUGCACUGUCUUCUAUGGAUUUGGACCAAAAGGACUAUGACAGUCGCACAGCACUUCAUGUUGCUUCUGCAGAAGGUCAUGUGGAGGCUGUGUGGUUUUUAACAAAUACAUGCAAAGUGAACCCCUUUGUGAAGGACAGGUGGGGGAACAUUCCUCUAGACGAUGCACUGCAGUCCGGUCAUGAUGGCGUGGUAAAGAUUCUGCAGGAGUAUCAGCGGGCCUGUGAGGUUAUGAGAGUAAAAGACACACUUGACUCUGCAGCGUGGCAGUGAUUAAAAGUUUGGAAUUCUCAUGUAUAGAUGAAGCAUUUAACAUGCCGUUUAAAUGUAGAGAAAUUGAUCCCUACAUUUAAAUAUAGAGAUUUAGUGUAAAAGGUAAAAGAACUUGAACCUGUUCUUUCAUUUAUUGACACCAUUGUAUUGAAUUCACAGAGACUGUGUUCAAUCCUGCUGCUGCUUUGAUCUCAGGUAAUAGAUUGUGUGUGGAACUCUGAUUAGUUCUAAACAGCAUGUAUGCAAACAUACCUUUUACCCAGAUAUAUGCUGGAUGUAGCUCUGUGACAAUACACCUGUAUAUUAUUUUGUAAUAAUUAUGCCAACUAACGUCAGAUUACACAGUUUAUACAUGGCACAUCCCAUAAAAUAUAAGAUGUGUAAUGAUUAUGUAAAAUGAUCAAUUUUACAAAAACAAAAAUGUAAAUUGGAGAAUAUUUUUUUAAUUAUUACAAUAUAAUACUGUAGAUAUAAGAAUGCACAUCUAUCUGUAAAGUACUAAGCAUAUAUUCUGUGUAGAUUAAAUCCUAAAUGAACAACGUAGGCUUUUAGAUAUUCUCACAGACAGCAGCUCCAUGAAGUCACAUAGAUGUAGUCUUAUUUUCUUUUCAGUUAGGCUUAAUCAGUAUCUAAAAAGCAAAUGUCACGUUUUGGUUUUGGAUAAAAAUGGCUGUGCGUGUUGAAUUCUUUAUAUCACCAAAUAUAGCUGGAGCAUUUCUUUUUUGUUACAGUGUCAUUCAGUGCCAUUAUGCAUGCAGUUGUUAAGCUGUAUUGUUCAUUGUUCAUUAAAAAGUAAAUAAAUAGGUAAUGAGCAGACUAGGACAAUAGAAAUUUCAUGAAUACACAUACAAUGCUCUAUUUGUACAAUCAUGUAUGUGUAUGAUUUAGGAACAAGUUGUAUAUUAAGGAAUACAUUGAUUAAGAACCAUAAUUCAAUGCUUUUUCAAAGCUUUCCUUAGAGUUACACAGUAAAUAAAAGCUCUGACAUAUCAAGACGCCAGUCGACAGUCACCUGUACUUUUUGCAUUAUGUUCUGUGCUGUUUGGCUGAUUGAGCUUGUUGAAUUGCUGUCAGAGGCCAGUGUUUACUGAGUGGUUGUUCAGCCGAGCGAAACAGUGCGGGAGAAAGCGCAUGGAGUAAGCAGGCAAAGAAAUAACACACUCAAAAGGGCAUGCACAGAGUAUCAAACUUCUCACCUUUUCCUUUUCUUUUUUGGAAAAUGCUCAAGCAUAGCAUUUAAACUUUAAGUUGUUUGGGUAGAUUCAUGUUGACACAAUUUUAGAAUAGGUUAUAGUACAUACAGAUGAUGAGCUGAAGGAAACACUCAUUAUCUGUACAUAGCAAUUCAAAUUCUACCAUGCACAUGGAUGUGUAUAAGUGCUGAGUCGGCCUAAUUACCCCAAUUUGGGAUAAACAUUGCAAAUAGAAGAGUUCUAAGAGACUCUUAAUGGAAUUAACUUAAACAGAAUGAUCUUAAACAGAAAUGUACUUAAUGAGGCUGGAUCGCUGGAGUUUUAGUUACAAAGAUAGCUGUGUUUCAUUGCAAACAGAACACACAUCCAUACACUGAUGGGGAUAAAGGUCUAUAAAUCAAAAGGUUAGAAAUUGGGGUUGAAACAAUGCAUUGAUUGAUGUGUAAGGAACAACAUGUUCUGGAAUUGAAUGAGGAUGUCAAUGCAGGACAUGAAGCUGUUAUUUGUCACACAUCUGCAUGUAUCAUUGGCCUAAGGUUGUGACAGGAAUGUUAUGAGUUUGCAUCACCGGAUUGUCCAAUAAUUCUUUGUAAGUCAGUUUGGAUAAAAGCAUUUGUUAAAUAAAUGCCAUAUUAGCUUGAGGACAAAGUUUUAAGUAGUGACUGAACUGAUUAGAAACAUCAAAUUGACAACAUUUUUAAAAAACAAAUGUGUAUGUGCUUUUUGAACAUCCCAUUCCAAAUUGUAUUUCCUGUUUGCUAUUAUAAUAUCCUUCAUUCUCCAGGAAACAUGUUCCACUACAUUCUGGAGUGUGCCUGUGGAGAUUUCUGUUUAUUCGUGUAUUGUGAGGAGAUCCAGGGUACAGUCAGCAUUCUGAUUCAUCCCAGCGCUGUUCAAUAGGGUUGAGGUCAGAGCUCUAUAGAAGUCCACUCAAGAUCUUUCACUGCAAACCAUGUAGACCAUAUCUUCAUGGAGCUGGCUUCAUGCACAGGGCCUUGUCAAGAACAGGUUUUCUUAGUUCAAGUGUGUCGCAUUUUACUUUCUGAUAUUGCAUUUAUAUGUUUUUAAUUUUUUUAUUCCCCAUUAUAAUGGAAUGUAUAUUACUGUGCUGUAUAUAUUAGUAAUGGGAAAAGGGAGAUGUUAUUUUAUCCAAAUAAUUUCAACAAAUUGGUGUAUUAUGUAUACAUACAGCAUGUAUUUUAUCCAACUGGUGUUUUAUCUGAAUAUGCAUGAGGAUAUAAAAUGACUGAUCAUAUAUGAAGUGCACACACUUUUAGGUUUGUUAUAUUUCUUAUAGUUUUUGAAUCAUAAUUAAAUUGAUUAUAGGAAAACCCACAAUGUUUGUAUACUGUAAUUGUUAUGGUCUCCUUUUGGCUUCACCUAUAAAAAUGAUAUGUUGUAAGAAAACUAGUGUAACAUAAAUCGUGUGUAAAAUUAAAUGUUACUUUUAUUAAAAA